GGCAGGGUAGCUAGCAAACCAGACAAAGACGGUCAUAAUUGACCGCACCUUCUAUCUCAGUGCCACGAUGAACGCAAGGCUGAUUGUUCUUCUUCAGUUCUUGGCUAUCGGUAGUAAGGUUGCACAAGAAACAGUUUGUAAGGAUGGCGUACAAGUUGUAGACGAACCGACGACUCCUCCACCGUUUAGUUGUGAAGAUCUCGAAUGGACCGACGAGCAAACCUUGAUUAUAACUGCAAUUGACCCGCAAACGGUGGAGUUCGUGUACAGAGAAAGAUUCACCAUAACUUGCAAAGUUUGCACGAGACCUGACUACAACUUGACGGUAACGGGCUUGCAGUGGUCUAGACAAGAAGGAAAUCUUCCAGAAGAUGUGCGGGUCGGAGUUCUUGACCUUGAUUCUUGGCCUGCGCAAACUAGUCUCGUGUUUAGUAUUCCAACCGCUGAAGAUGCAGGAGUAUACAAAUGCACUCCUACUGUUCUCCAAAUUCCAUCAUCUGAAAUCGACAAAUACAUUGGUUAUACUGUUGUAAAAGAAGCUGAUGCUUGCGCAGGAGACGAUCCUCGAUUUUCUAUCCCGCUAGGCAAUGGCAACAUGCUAUGUUUCUCAGUAGACGGCAAAGGUGGCGAUAUCUUCAAUCUCAUAUCAGAUACGCAUCUCUCCGUCAACGUUAAAUACAUCGAUGGAACGGACGGUUACUCUGUCUGGAUGGGAGAAUUGGCAUUCGUACUCGACAACGGUUGUAAGGUACGCGUGAACGCGGAUCCAGAGUCAGUGCAAGUUGACAAUACGGUGGUGGAUAAGAAAUUUUAUGAUGAAGACGUACAAGUCGACGUCUACGCGGGAGAUUACGUUGCAGUUAAGUUUAGGAAACUCCAGGUUGAGUUUCGUGCCGAGUUUAUUGACCGACAUUUGAGUUUCUACGUCGUCAACGACAAGGGAUUGUCACCUCGCGUUCAUGGCCUCAUUGGACAAUUUCUCAAUUCUAAACACGAAAUCGUUGAAUCUGAAGACGGUCACAUCUUCGGUUUACUCAAACGUCAAGGUAGAACAAGAGCUCUAGUCUUGAAGCAGAAGAGAUGGCCGUACUUGCGCGGACACAAGGAGGCAUCCUGCUGGGGUAUCCAAGGAAAGAAUCCCAAAGGAGCUAUUGACUGGUCUCAUUCCAGCUACAAGAUGAUGUCUCUUUGUCAAACGAAACGUCGCAUUCUCACUCGUCCACUUUUCGGGGCAGUAGACAAGACGUUUUAAACAUUUGGAGUCUUGUUCAAACGAUUUGUAUGUCCAGGUCGCGUAUUUUCAAUUCCGCUGUAUACGCAUAGACUUAGUACAGACUCAUCUAGAUGACCCAAUACGUUUUGCAGUUCACAGCUAUAGCACUUAUGCUGCUUUACAACUGCAUUUACGUGGAACAGAGGAACGCUCUUUCCUUCA